CUAUGGUGGCGGGGCGCGGCCGCUCUGGGCGGGGGAGGGUUUGAUCUCGCUGCUCGCGAGUCCGCCCGGCCCCUCCGCUUCCGGUUCCGCCGGCGCCCCCGCAGCGGUGAGUCCGGUCCGUGAGCGGCGCCGGGGCUGAGGGCGCGGGAGCGGCUCCGCCAGGAGCGAGGGCAGCGGCGGGGCACCGCGGCACGGCGGGUGUUUUAAGGAGCUGGAACCAUGACGGACUCCAAAUACUUCACGACCAAUAAAAAAGGAGAGAUUUUUGAGCUGAAGGCUGAACUCAACAAUGAAAAGAAAGAGAAGAGGAAAGAAGCUGUAAAGAAGGUUAUUGCAGCCAUGACUGUGGGGAAGGAUGUCAGCUCUCUGUUCCCUGAUGUUGUCAACUGCAUGCAGACUGACAACCUGGAGCUGAAGAAGCUGGUCUACCUGUACCUGAUGAAUUAUGCCAAAAGCCAGCCAGACAUGGCCAUCAUGGCUGUCAACAGCUUUGUGAAGGACUGCGAGGACCCCAACCCGCUGAUCCGCGCCCUGGCCGUGCGCACCAUGGGCUGCAUCCGCGUGGACAAGAUCACCGAGUACCUGUGCGAGCCCCUGCGCAAGUGCCUCAAGGACGAGGACCCCUACGUCAGGAAAACUGCAGCUGUCUGCGUGGCCAAGCUGCACGACAUCAACGCCCAGAUGGUGGAGGACCAAGGGUUCCUGGAUUCCCUGCGGGAUCUCAUUGCAGACUCCAAUCCCAUGGUGGUUGCGAACGCCGUGGCCGCGCUGUCGGAGAUCAGCGAGUCCCACCCCAACAGCAACCUGCUGGAUCUGAACCCUCAGAACAUCAACAAGCUGCUGACAGCUUUAAAUGAGUGCACAGAGUGGGGGCAGAUCUUCAUCCUGGACUGUCUGUCCAACUACAACCCCAAGGAUGACCGGGAAGCUCAGAGCAUCUGUGAGCGGGUGACCCCCCGGCUGUCUCACGCCAACUCAGCAGUGGUGCUGUCAGCAGUGAAGGUCCUGAUGAAGUUCCUGGAGCUCCUUCCCAAGGACUCUGACUAUUACAACAUGCUGCUGAAGAAACUUGCCCCUCCUCUGGUGACUCUGCUGUCUGGAGAGCCCGAAGUUCAGUAUGUUGCCCUGAGGAACAUCAACUUGAUUGUGCAGAAGAGGCCUGAAAUCCUGAAGCAGGAGAUCAAAGUGUUCUUUGUGAAGUACAACGACCCCAUCUAUGUGAAACUGGAGAAACUGGACAUCAUGAUCCGCCUGGCCUCGCAAGCAAACAUUGCCCAGGUGCUGGCAGAGCUCAAGGAAUACGCCACCGAGGUGGACGUCGACUUCGUGCGCAAGGCCGUGCGCGCCAUCGGCCGCUGUGCCAUCAAGGUGGAGCAAUCUGCAGAGCGCUGUGUGAGCACACUGCUGGACCUCAUCCAGACCAAGGUGAACUACGUGGUGCAGGAGGCCAUCGUGGUCAUCAGGGACAUCUUCCGCAAGUACCCCAACAAGUAUGAGAGCAUCAUUGCCACUCUGUGUGAGAACCUGGAUUCCCUGGAUGAGCCAGAUGCCAGAGCUGCCAUGAUCUGGAUAGUGGGUGAAUAUGCUGAAAGAAUUGACAAUGCAGAUGAGCUGCUGGAGAGUUUCCUGGAGGGUUUCCACGAUGAAAGCACUCAGGUGCAGCUCACCCUCCUGACUGCAAUAGUGAAGCUGUUCUUGAAAAAGCCUUCUGAGACACAGGAGCUGGUCCAGCAGGUCCUCAGCCUGGCCACACAGGAUUCUGACAACCCAGACCUGCGGGAUCGUGGCUACAUCUACUGGCGCCUUCUUUCCACGGAUCCAGUGACUGCCAAGGAAGUGGUGCUCUCAGAAAAGCCACUGAUUUCUGAGGAGACUGAUCUGAUUGAGCCAACCCUGCUGGAUGAGCUGAUCUGCCACAUUGGGUCUCUGGCUUCUGUGUACCACAAACCACCCAACGCUUUCGUGGAGGGCAGCCACGGCAUCCACCGCAAGCACCUGCCAAUCCACCAUGGGAGCACUGAUGCUGGUGACAGCCCCGUGGGCACCAUGAACGCCACAAACCUGGAGCAGCCACAGGUCAUCCCAACCCAGGGUGACCUCCUGGGGGACCUCCUCAACCUGGACCUGGGGCCCCCUGUCAAUGUGCCCCAAGUGUGCACCAUGCAGAUGGGUGCUGUGGACCUCCUGGGAGGAGGGCUGGACAGCUUGCUUGGCAGUGACCUUGGCGGGGGCAUUGGAGGAAGCCCGGCAGUGGGACAGACCUACAUUCCCACUGCUGUGCCAGCUGCCUUUGCCCCUUCUCCCACCCCUGCAGGGGUCACCACUGGACUCAACGAUCUCUUUGAGCUCUCAUCUGGCAUGGGGAUGGCUCCUGGAGGAUAUGUGGCUCCCAAGUCUGUUUGGCUGCCUGCAGUGAAAGCUAAAGGAUUGGAGAUCUCAGGCACAUUCAGCCACAGACAGGGACACAUCUACAUGGAGAUGAACUUUACCAAUAAGGCUUUGCAGCACAUGACUGACUUUGCCAUUCAGUUCAAUAAGAACAGCUUUGGAGUCAUCCCAAGCACUCCCCUGGCCAUUCACACACCUCUGAUGCCAAACCAAAGUAUUGAUGUCUCCCUGCCCCUCAACACUCUGGGACCAGUCAUGAAAAUGGAGCCUCUGAACAACCUCCAGGUGGCUGUGAAAAACAACAUUGAUGUCUUUUACUUCAGCUGCCUAAUCCCUCUCAACGUGCUUUUCGUGGAGGAUGGCAAAAUGGAGCGCCAGGUCUUCCUUGCAACAUGGAAGGAUAUUCCAAAUGAAAAUGAGCUUCAGUUCCAGAUUAAAGACUGUCACCUGAAUGCUGACACUGUCUCCAGCAAGCUGCAGAACAACAAUGUCUACACCAUUGCCAAGAGGAACGUGGAGGGGCAGGACAUGCUCUACCAGUCCCUGAAGCUCACCAACGGCAUCUGGAUCCUGGCCGAGCUGCGCAUCCAGCCCGGGAACCCCAACUACACGCUCUCCCUGAAAUGCCGAGCUCCAGAAGUGUCCCAGUACAUCUACCAGGCCUACGAUGCCAUCUUGAAAAACUAACAGGAGGUGGAGCCUGUGCCUCACCCUGCAGAAGGAGGGGGGAAAGGGGUCCCCAGAGCCUCCUUCAGCGCCAGCGCAGGGAAAAGCACUCGUAACUGGAAGCAGCUGUAUUCAUGUGUAGGAUUUCAGUCAAAGGCACUGAUUAAACAAGGUAGCAAUUAGUAUCCACGUGCUAAUGAUGAUAGGGAACAAGCCCCUUUGGUAUUUUUAGUGUCCAUGGAGUUUGUAACCACUGCUUCAAACUACUCCCAUGUGCCCCUCGCCCCUCACUCAUCCGUUCUCGUGGGCUUCUCUCCAUUUUGUGCCAAUGUUCAGUGUUUUCUAAAUGGCUUUAGGUGUAGUUCGGAUUUUGUAAAAUAACUGCUCAUUGGAAAAACACCGAGCAAAAACCACACAGCUGCUCAUUAAAACAAGGCAAAAGUGUCGAAAACAUAACACUGCACUUUAUUUUAUAUUUUUAUACUUUUUUUUGAGGUUUUCUAUUGUAAUUGGCUUAAAGAGAAGGUGAUUGCAAGGAAGUCUUGGGAGCCCUGCAGGGGCAUUGGGCUCUAGCAGGGUGAGCACAGCCUCGGGGAAUUAGGAACAGAGCCAUCAGUGGGGUCCUAGAGGGGGAUGGAGCCCUAAGGAGGGGUUUUUAUUACUCUUGUGCUGGCUUUGAUGGUGUUUUCACUCCAGCCAUCUCCCUGCCUCAUGAGCUGGUGAUUUGAGGAGUGAGGCUGCUUUUGUGUGGGGAGCUGCAGGCCUGGAACAGGGCAGGGGUGGAUGAAAUGAAGGACAUGAGCCUGCUGUUAGAGCAAAAGGCUCAUGCCAGAGCUCCUGGUGUGGUCUCUGCAUCCUCACCCAUGUGCAGCCCCUCUCCCUCCCGUUCUUUCUGUGCCUGCUGAGGCCAAGCUGCCUCCUCAGCCAUCCCUGAGCUGUGCCCCCCUCUCCCAGUGCUGGCCCUGGCAGUUCCCAGGCUCGUGGUGGCACAUCCAGAUGUGGCACUGCCACUUCCCCGGUGGGGCUGCAGUGUCAGCCAGGCCCCCACAGAGAGGGGCUGCUGCUGGCAGUGCCCCAGGGUGCCAGGGGAGUGGAGUGGCUCUCCCUGUUGCCAUGCUGCCCCCAAACCCCAGGCUGGGCAUGGUGGGAGAUGGUUUGGGCUCGGCAGUGUUUGCUCCCUGCCUGCCUGGGGCACUCAGCUUCCAGCUGGGCUGGGUGGAGCAGCUCAUGGAAGGGUUUCUCCUGUUAGCAGCUCCACUCUUUGUGCCCAGACACACACAGUGGCCAGAGCCAGCCAGGUUCCUGCUCUGAUCCCUGUCCCAAGCAGCCCCAUGCCCUGGUCCCUCUUUUCCAAGCUGUCCCUUAGAGCCAGGAGUGUUUCCCUUGCAGUCCACAGCUGUGAACUCACCCCACUGCAGCCACCCAGCAGUGAAAGCAAAGCCUCCUGCAUGUCCCUGCUCCAUCCAUAGCUUGUCCUGCUUAAUCCAAGCCCCAGUCCAGAUCAGCCUCUCCCUCCCCAGCAUGCUUGGACAUCUCCACCCCAGCUAACAAAGCUCUUGCGUGUAGCAACCCCCCUGUUGUCCUUUGAGAUGCCACUUUCAAAGUCAGUAAAUGUUUCACGGUGGGAGCUCGUUCAUCAGGGCUCUGGCAGUGGCUGCAGCCAAGAAAGCAGUGCUGGGAAAAGGUCCCAGUGUCCCAGCAGGAGCCAGGAGCUGCAGCACCCUGAGGAAGGUGCUGUCCCUGUGCAGGAACCCCUGUGCUCUGCUGGGGGGAAGAAAGUGGGGCAGAGCUGGAACACCCCAGCCCUUGAGCCUUGCCCACGUGUGCUGGGAGGCGAUUUGCUCCAAGCCCUGCGGGUGUAAAAAUCAUUAACGGAGCAAUUAGCAGUGAUGCUGUGUGGGGCGGGGAGGAGAGCGCAGCUUCGGCGUGGGGAGGGGCUGCUGAGCCCCCUUCUCCUGCCGAGUUCCUUCCCAGCCUUUGGGGUGGGUGUCAGAGCCCGGGGCGGAGCCGGGGCUCGUGGCUGGCGUUCCCUCCGCCCUGCUCGUUCCCGUUCGUGCUGCUCUUCAGGCUUUCCCUGCCCUCCGUGUCAAUAAAGUCAUUUCCAGCAGG